UCGCUCUCUAUCAACCUUGUGUGUCUCUUUCCCUCUCCAUCACUUGUUGAUUAUUUUCUUCAUCUAUUUGUCUCUGGUUUGUUAUUAUUUUUUUCUCCAUUUUAAUUUCCCAAUUUCAGUUCUAUCUUAAUCAUACCUUUCCCUUCGUCUCUCUCUCUCUCUCUCUACCCUCUCACUCUUAUCAUCGCCCCUCAUUCCCUCUCUAACUCUCUCAUUCUCUCCCCUUCUCUGAACAUCAAUAAGAUCUCGAUCGUUGGAGACAAUAUCGUUUAGAAUGCCCAGUGAUCCCAAACAAUCAACUAACACCAUUAACCCUCAUUCCAAAUCUGAUAAAUUGUUACUAAUUUCCAACAGCGAUAAUAAUAAUAACACGAUGCCUUCUACAAACCUAACAUCAUCUUCUUCAUCUUCAUCCUAUUCUAAGGAAGUGAUCAUGGACCAUGGAACCUGUGAAUCAAUCUCGGAGGAACCUCUUUACACCGGUAAAGUUUUACAAUUAACUCGUUUCCAUUAUCGUGAUGAUUCAGGUAAAGAUCGUUAUUGGGAAGGCGUUGAAAAGGUGAAAAAGUUGAAAAACGCUUAUGGAUCCGAUAAAUCUGGCCUGGUUACCAUCGCUAUACUUUGCCGACGGGUAAUGUGUGACUGUUUAAUUCUGGUUAAACAAUUUCGAGCCCAAUUAAAGUCUUAUACUCUUGAAUUUCCGGCAACAGUGAUGGAUAUUAAUGGUGACCCAGAGGAAACUGCUCAUCGAGAGAUUGAAGAUGAUACUGGUUACACAUCCACCGCAAUUAAAAUCAUUUCACCUCCAACCUCAGUUGAUCCAGUUGUCUCUUCUGGUAAAGUAAGUUUAGUAUCAGUGAUGAUCGAUGGAGAUGAUCCUCUGCAAAAUCCAUCACCGAAAAACUCAGAAUUCGAGAAUGAAAAUUCCAGUUCGGCCCAUGGACGAAUUGUUGAUGUUCUUCAAGUUCCAAUCAAUGGUCUUCUCGAUCGAUUGGCCAAAUAUCACGAAGAAGGUGUUAUAGUUGAUUCGCUGGUUUACUCAUUCGCCAUUGGACUUAAACACGGAGAGCGAAACACAAUGUCCCUCGCUAAGCCUCGUCCAGCUGAGACUUAAUCAUCAAUCAGCGGAAAACUUUGGCAAUUAACCUAAAUAAUUAAAGAUCUCACUGUGUUUUCAUCUUCAUCAUCUCCAAUGAUAGAAAAAAAAAUAUAUUCUAAUCAGUGACUUUGUCUUUUAUUUUUUCUUACCUUUUAAUGAAAAAAAAUGACAAUUUGUUAAUUACUCUGGAAAAGUGAUUCUAAUCACUAUCACGGUUUACAAAUGAUUAUGAAUUUUAAUGAUUUGAAAAAAACAAUUGACUUUUAAGCAAUUUUAUCAUUUUCAAUCCAAAUACUAAUAAAACAAAUAAAAUAAACUCGUAAAUCAA